CAUGUCAACUUAAUUGAAUUUCACAGAAGGUUCAUGUCAGUGAGGCUUAGUAAGUUCUGUUUUUGUCCCAAAACUACCUCAUUAUCUAUCUGCCCAAUCCAAUAGCAACACAAUGUUGCCUUAUUCUACCACUUGCCAUAACUGGAAAAACUUGCCGCUGACCAGAUAUUUUGAAAUAGACCAGCAUUCCUGUUGACAGUGCCAUCUUUUAAAGAUUAUUUUGCACUUGGACAUAUGCUGACAGACCCAAACUGCCCUGCACAGUUUGUGAUAUUUGCCCAUGGCAAAUGUCAUGGCAGAGAGGGGAAUUUCAUACUAACUUUGAGGACAGGCGCCUAGAGGUUCUUUUCCAUGGGGUGGUGCACAGGAGUACCAUCCUCAAUCUGUAGGGCUGCCAAAGGAGGCCAUGACAACAGGCCUUGCCAACCUGGUCCUAGGUUGCCACACAAAUCAAUGCAAUCCAGCCAUCCAGAGAAUGCCCAGCACUGCAUGAAGAAGGUCAUUGACCUUCUCGGAUCCACCAGGGAGAAAACAACCUACAUGAAGGUAGAACAAACAUGUUCUGAUAUUCAGUUCCUCAUCCCUCAUGAGGAGAGGAGCCUGACCACCCUAAGAGGCUGACUGACUGCAUCCAAGACAGUUAUUGGAGGUUGCCCUUACUGUGCCGGGGUCAUUGAUGGAAGACUAUUUCCCUUAACUGAGAACAGCUGUCAACCAUGUUAAACUUCUUGAUUUUGUGUCUGCACUGAAAGGCAAGGCAAGACUGAAGUACCAUGAACCUGACAGCUCUGAUUCAGACUGGAAAGUAUGAAAAGGCAACGCAGGGAUACUGUAAGCAUCCAGGUUUUCAAGAUUGGCGAUAGCAGAAAUGGAUAACGGUGGUUAUAUCCAGUUUGACGUGCCUGAGUAUAGCAACUGUGUCCUGAGCCAACUUAAUGAACUACGCUUACAAGGAAAGUUAUGUGACAUUAUAGUUCAUAUUCAGGGUCAGCCUUUCAGAGCCCACAAGGCUGUCCUUGCUGCCAGCUCCCCAUAUUUCCGUGAUCAUUCAGCACUGAGCACCAUGAGUGGUUUAUCAAUAUCAGUUAUUAAAAAUCCAGAUGUAUUUGAACAGUUACUUUCGUUUUGUUACACUGGAAGACUAUCGUUGCACUUGAAAGAUGUUGUUAGCUUUCUUACUGCUGCAAGCUUUCUUCAGAUGCAGUGCAUAAUUGACAAAUGUACUCAGAUCUUGGAGAGCAUUCACUCAAAAUUCAGUAUUGUGAGUAUUGACUCUGUAGUUGUCAGUACUGAUGAUAAUCAGGGAAAUCGCAAUGGGGUUAGGGACAGCAAUAGCCGCUUCUUAAAUCCAGUUGAAAUUUCUCCUCCGUAUUAUGGUCAAGUACGGCAGACAACAAUUGCUAAUGAGCCACGUAUGGAGGCCACACCAAACCGAAGUUUUCAGAAUCGGACUAUGGAGGAGAGGCACUCUGAUCCUGGAAGCAGCGGUAGUAUUUCUGAGCACGAAAUCCAAAUUGAAGGUGAUCAUGAACAAGCAGAGUUAAUAGUGAGGGAGACUAAUCCAAUCGGCGCUCAGAUUACAGAGGUCAAAGUCAAAAUGGAAAAAUCCGAUCGGCCAAGUUGUUCUGAUAGUUCGUCUGUGGGUGAUGAUGGAUAUCAUACAGAAAUGGUAGAUGGCGAUCAUGUGGACAGAAUGGUGGCGGUGAAUGUCAGCUCGUAUGGACCAGUACUGCAGCAGGCUUUCUCACUAUCUCAAUCCGCAUCACAGUCAGCUGGCUUAUCGACAACCUAUGGUUGCAUCACAAAUUCAAGUCCCUCUAGAUCUAUGCUUAGUAAUUUUAGAGGUCGAGGCCGACUGAAACGAAAUAUACAGAUACAAAAUGAAGGACAAAAUGUGAUUAGUCAGUCCUCUGAUGGCGAUAGUGGGCCGAACAGGCAAGGUUUUGAGAGUAAUCCCCAUGACCAUGAUGCAAGGGAACACUGGUUUCCAUAUAAUCAAAGGUUAAUCUGUAUCUACUGUGGAAAAUCCUUCAACCAGAAAGGGAGCCUUGACCGACACAUGCGCCUCCACAUGGGAAUAACUCCUUUUGUGUGCCGUUUUUGUGGGAAAAAAUACACACGGAAAGACCAACUUGAAUACCACAUUCGAGGGCACACGGAUGAUAAACCAUACCGCUGUGAGAUCUGUGGGAAAUGUUUCCCUUUCCAAGGCACUCUGAACCAACAUUUGAGGAAAAACCAUCCUGGCGCUGCUGAAAUUAAAGGACGAGUCGAGUCACCUGACCGAACAGACACACAUAUAGAACAAAAAGAAGGUGAUGAACCUUCUCCCUCAGAAGAAACCAACAUGGAGACUGCAGUGCAGGAUGUUCUUCCGUUGUCACAUAUUUCUGAAUGAGUAGCUUAGGCAUAACAAAGCCAGAAGCGUGCACAGCUAGAAAUAAUGCUACAAUAUUCGUAUUUUGGGUUUUUUUUUGUAGCACAGUAUUCAGCAUUUAUAUAAUGUUUCUGGUUAUGAAACUACUAUUUUUCCCCAAUCAAGUUCUAUUUUUUUCUUGUAUCGAUUUUUCCUGAAAAUUGAUAAUUUUGAGUACUUCAGAAAAGAUAGUAUUUGCCUGAUUAAAGGUACAGUGUAUAAUAUAAAUAUAAAAAAUAAAAUAAAUUACCAUGUUCAGGAGAAGGAUCAGGAUAAUUAGUUAUGGUAACAGGAAGAAAUGUGCGUGAGAUAAUACAAUGAAGCACCAUUAUAGUAACUAAAAGUCCAUGUGACCAGCCAAAGCAUCCAUAAUACUUCACACAGCAGUGAAAAAUGCUAUUUAGUUCAAUGUUCCAUUUCACAAAAUGAUUUUAUCAAUGAAAGUUAAAGACAAUGUAGUGGUCUAAGGUUUGAAUUGGACUCUUCAAUGGGCCAGCAUUGGAAGCCUGGCAGAGAUCAGGCUUUGCAAUUGUGAUGAGUUUGAUAUUUAUUUUUAAUCAAUAACUUGGUGAAAUAUUAAUUGACUGAGGAUUCCAGUUUGUGCUGGUACACAUUAUGAGCACCCUCUACUGUUCAGUCCAUAUGUGACAUUCUUCUAAGAAUAUUCCAAAACUUGUUCUCGGGUCAGAUAUCAUCCUGGAUCUGUAACUGUGAUAACAUGGAUACCAAGCAAGACUUUGUUAUACAAUUGGCUUGAUUCAGCCGGCACUAUUAAAUUGUACAUCACUCAUCCAGUCUCUCUUUGAUCAGUGUUACAUUCAUACUGCUGUGUGGAAUAGUUUGAAUGCUUAACGGUCAUAUUUACUAGUUUCACCGAUAAACUAUAUUUUAAACAUCAUUUCAUUCAUUCUUGCAAGAGACCUCUACACAAAUUUUUUGACUGAUAUUAAUGGCCUCCAGGCUUUAGUUUAUAAUCAAAUGUAUCCGUGUCAAAUGAGUGCAAUCUUAAAUGUACUUUAGGAUUGGACUUUUAGCAUACGCCCAUCUCUGAUCAGGCAUGUACCCAGCAUCUUCAGGGCAAUGGCAUUUGUCAAGUGGACAGCAAUUAUUUUCACUCAUGGUAGGCCUGGUGGAGGGGCAGGAUUGCCUCUUCUCCAGUGGUGUCUUCUGUGUUUUAGGGAGUUAUUCUGUUAUUCUUUUGCUCUUAAAAACUUGGUUAUUGAGGAAUGCUCCUUUCAUCUUCACAUUUAGGGAAUUAGAAUUUAUACUGAAGAAGUCAGAUUUAAUUAACUAAAUGUUUACUUUGCCGAGCCACAUUUUAUUCAGUGAGGUCGUUUGAUUAUUCUGUUGGUAGGUGCACUUCCAGGUUUUUUAAUACUAAAUUCAACAACACAAAACUUUUGUCAGUUUAGAAGUUUGUAAGGAGAGAAAUCAAGGCAAUAUUUAAAAUAAAAGAUAGAUGUAGGCAUUGUCUCUGCCAUUCAACAACAGUUUUAUUUAUGCACAUUAUAAUUCUUAGCAGAAGACUGUUAAAUGUUCUACUAUAGAAAGGUAUUCAAACAAAUCAAGUACUUCUGUGAUCAAAGUCUUUCAGUCUCAACCAAUAUUUGAGUCCCUCUUCUCUGCAUGUCCUUGUUAAAAGGCUAACUCAUUUAAAGGAUUGCUGAUGGGAACAUAAUAUAGCAUUGACAAUUCAUUAAAUUAUGAAAUUAAUAUUUCAAAUUACCAUGCUGUAUCUUGUGCUAGUAGUGUUCUAGGCCAGCACUUAAAUAUAAUUGUGUCUGCAAAAAUGCUCGUACUAAGUUUAAUUUUAAAAAUCUUAGUCUUUUGAUCAUUGGAAAGCUUCUUUUCAUGUUGCAUUGGGUUUGAAACACUUGGAUUCAGCUAAUUCUGACCCUUAAAGAAGGUUGACUGUCAGUUCAUAUGACAUGUGUAGGGAAGUUUCUAGGUUUUUAAGUUAAAUUCAGUUCCACGUCACAGCUGAAUUUUGGAUCAAAGAUUAAUCAAACUAAUAUUUAAAGUAAGUAAAUAUAUGACUUGCAGAUACUUUACAAACAGUUGCAGUUCACGCAAAAUCAUUGUAGAACAUCUUUAUUAGAAAAAGAUAACCCUUCUCACCCUGCAAAUGUCCCUUCCGCACACUCCUCCUGAAUAGUGUUUUGAAUACAUUUAUUGUGUACGGUAUGCUAAACGAAUUAGUCUAGAAUUAUUUGUUUAAGAGUAUAAUUGCAUAUAUUCCCAAUCUGGCCUAUAAAUGAAUACCUUGAGGCUUCUGAUGUAUGUUUUUAGAGGAAAAAGAAAUUGCUAAACUUGUACCUUUUUGAAAAGAGUCGGUACUAAUUGGAACACUUUUAUAAAAGAUUUAUUUGAGAAAGUUGUUUUACUUUAAUCACGAAAAAGCUUUCUUCAAGGAUGUGUAUACUCAAUAAGUCCUGGAAAAAAUUACCUGGUCCUGUAUUCAUUCUAGAUUUUUGGGUCUGUUCGCACUUGGAUCUCUGAUUUUAAAAGAAGACCUAUGAGUUCAUCUAGUCAUUCAUUACAAUCCUGUCAAUCAAAUGAUGCAUUAUUUACAUCCUUUUUAAUCUGCAAGAAUACUGAAUAAAUUGAUGAACACAUGCUACAUCUAUUAACCAUGCUGAGCUAAUAAAUUGUAUUAGCAGAUACAAAAGUUAAAAAUGAAUGGAGGAACUGUAGUUUUUCUCCAUCUUCAAAUAGGAAAGUUGUUGGUGUGUAUUACUCUGUAGUCCAUAUUGCUUUAUACGAGCCAGGUAAUAGAAUCAUCUAGGAAUCAUAUCCACUCUCAGACCAUAAUAUACAUGCUGUGAUGUUCUAGUUUAAGAAAAAGUAAGUAGUACUACUAAACUUAAACAGUUUACUUAUUACCUGGUGAUAGUCCAAUCCCUUUUUGGUAUUCAAAUGGAAGUUGUAUAUUGGAAAUGUAUGUACUCAACCGUGGUCUUUUUGAUUACCAUCAAUCCUGGAUCAGUGGACACUUAACAUACAGAUUUUCAGGUUAUUAAAGUUUGAAGAGGAUACAAACUCCAAAAGGGUUGUGGUUAUGUAUAGCCUCACCUACCUUCCUUGGGGUAUUUGCCCUCAAAUGGUGCUGUUAGAUCAGGUUAGAAUUAUUUAUUGAACCAGCAUUAACAAUUUUAUAUAUAAAUAAUAUUUGGGUGUGUACUGUUUCAAAUUUUUGUUUAUAUAAAUUCUUUAUAUGAACCCUGUAAUAUAAUCAAUCUGGAAUUCUAGUCAACUCCAAAGUAUUGAUGGGAUGAUUGAAGUUGAUGUUUUCUAGAAUGCAUGUAAUCUUUAAGGAAACCUAUAGAGUUUUAAUCUGUUCUAAAAUCCAGCUAAUCCAUUAUAAUUUAAUAGAACAUAAUGAUUUAACACUUUGGAUGAAUCAAGAGCUAAACUGGUGAUGUCAUUUUGUCUCUUAGUUUAUUCCUGGAAUUUUAUUUUCUGAAGAAGCCCGCAAUUGUCAUGACAAUUUCUAAAAUAGAACUAACUGUAUUAACCAUGAUAAAGCACAAAUUUGACUUAUUAAAAUUUUUGUUUUGUCUAGUAUAUUUUGUGCAUGGCUAAAAUUUUAUGAGCCUAACCUGAUCUGCCAUUUUGAAUUUCUCAGACUCUGAGCUACAAUGCCAAAUGGGCACCCUAUUGCACUUUGCCUGAACUCAGACAAAAUUGCUUGUUGGACUCAGCAGCUACAGGACACGCAUUUUAAACAAAUUUAUUGCAAAGCAAUGAUGAUGAAUUCCCAACCAUCCCCUCAUUCAUGCUCAAAGGAAAUCAUAAUAAAAUGGCAUUUGAAAUGUUCAUUGUUAACCUGUUUUGCAUUAAAUAAAAAUGGGUAUAAUACUGUCAGUGAAGUCAGAAACAAGCAGGAACAUAUUUCAUACUCAUUGCUUUACUUGGGUAAAUUUCAGAUCUGAGUUCAGAGACACAGGUACCAGUUCCAUAGAAUAGUGCAACAUACAAAUCUGGAUUGGUGGGCAGGAAGGUAGUUAAAUUAGCUGCCAUUAAGCAUUUAAAAGGUGCUGUAUGUAUAUAAUAUAAAAAAGACUUUUAACAGAGCCUAUAUUGGACAUCUACCUAACACUUUCUUAAACACCCUGACUCAGACAAUAUUAGUGCAAUAAACACUCAUUCACAAUAGACACAGUUUUAAAUAAGCUAUUUUCAAAUGAUAUAGUGCAUUUUUUUAAUUUUGAUAUUUACUGUGUAUAAUCUGUUUAGGACCAUUGUGUCAGAAGCAACCAAAAAUGUAUUCCACUGUUUUAUUAAGCAGUAUAUCUCAAUAAGCUUUUUUUGAUUGUUCCAUGAAGCAAUUGCAGAAGUUAGAACAGAGCUUUUUGAGAAAGAGUAACAAAGCUAUAUAUAAGGGAAAUGAUUUGACAUCAUCAGAGCAGAUUUUGUUUUGCAAGCGGAGCUGUUAAUAUAAGUUCUGUGGAUGUGAUCUCAAAGAACUACAAAAUGGCUGCUAGAUUGUCAGUAUCUAGGGAGGACAUUAAUGUGCUAUUCACUUAUUAAAACUCUGGAGAUUUUCUUUAGCAGGCCAUAAUCCAUGAGUGAGUGAAAUAAUGAAGCUAUGUAAAGCUGAUGCUCUGACAGUUGAUAACUAGCCAUUAUGGAUGUAUUUUCUAGCAUGAAUGCAAUCAAUAUUUAUUCAAAAGUAUAUGUUUUCUCUUAUCCUAUUAGCUGUGUCUGUGAUCAAUUAAUAUUUCAGUGCUGCUUAAUUAUUGUUUUAAUAAUCCUUUUUU